AUGUCUUCUGGUUCAUUCCCCUUUAUAAUUCCGGAAAGUUUGCGACCAAAAAAGGCAUCAAAUUCAUCACCGAAAUCCGGUACACGGAAACCUUAUACUCCACCAAGACGUAAAGCAUAUAACGAUUUGGAUGAUCCACAUGAACCGUCUUCCUCAUCAUCAACAUGUCCAUCUUUACCAUUCAAGCGUUCAGUCGAUGUAAGGGUUGCAAGCGGUCGUCAUUCCGUGGCACGUGCUGCACGUGCUGUCCGAAAGAGAAUGUCAUCAACACAGAACGUCCCAAAUGUUUCAGAAGAUUUGUCCUCAACAAAUAUAAAAUCAUCACUUUUUGGAGGUGUACAGCUUGGGAAACGUUUAAAGGCAUCACUUCGUGGCACCUUACAUAGUGAUGCCGAUAAUAGAUUCAGCAGCAUGAUUCGUACGGUCGAACAAUCAAGACCCUGGACGCGUGAAUCGGCUGUUAAGGAAGAAAAUGUUCCAAAGGUGGAACGGCAUAUUGAAAAUUCAAAGAUAGAAUCGGCCGUUGAAAAAAUGCUGCUACCAAAGGGUGCAGUUGUACGGCAGCUAAAACGUAUGAUCGGACGAGUUUGUGAAACUGAUUAUGAUAAAUAUCAGUUAUUAGAUGAACGUGAUCGUUUGAUGCAUAAAGGGCGUUUGAAAAGUGCUUAUGUUGACAAUGCAACUGUUAUGCAGGGUUCUUGCCGUGAUAUGUGUCCAGAAAAAGAACGUUAUAUGAGAGUUGUGCAAAAACGCCUCAGUACAUAUGAAUGUCAUGAUGAUGGUAGUAUUGCGCCGGAAUUGGCCGUGAAGGAAUACAGUAGAAGUGCAGCUGAUCAAGAGGAGCCACUAUCUCAUGAGCUUAGACCCGCAGAUGUCCUUCAGCGAACAAUGAAUUAUCUUGUCGGAAAAAUUGCCAAUAAUGUUCCGGAAACAGAUGAAGAAUUGGCACAGUGGUAUGAUUUUAUGUGGAAUCGAACGCGAGCUAUCCGAAAGGACAUAACGCAGCAAAUGAUGGUUAACGAAACUGCUGUCACUCUGAUCGAACAGUGUGUCAGACUACAUAUCUUUGCAUCACAUCGUCUUUGUGAAUUGAAUUUUAAUGAAUUCGAUCAAAAAAUGAAUACAGAAAAUUUAUCUAAAAGCUUGCAAAGCUUACGUUAUUUGUAUGACGAUUUGGCGAAGAAAGGAAUCUUUUAUGCCAGUGAAGCAGAAUUUCGGGCUUAUGAAAUUAUGCUUAAUCUCUCGGAUUCCAAUGUAUUCCGACAAGCACUGACAUAUCGAAGAGAAAUUCUAGAAUCAAGUUCGGUCCGAUUAGCGAUUCGUCUAUUUACUUGUUUACAGAACCAAAAUUAUGUUCGCUUUUUCCGAUUGUUGAGGAACGACGCUACUUAUUUACAGUGCUGCCUUUGUCACCGAUUUUUCAAUCGUAUGCGUCAUCAGGCAAUGUAUGCUAUAUCACGCUCGGUUCACAUAAUGGGGAAGUAUCCGGUGGACAAAUUUGUCCAGCUGUUAGGAUUUGACGAUCGUGACGCAUCACUGCAAUUUUUGGGGUGCUACAAUGUUCGUCGCAAUAAUGAUAUGGAUACUGGUGAAGAGCUGAUGCAUAUGUCAAGGACUCGACUAAUUGACCCAAUUGAAGAACCUCCAACAAAGAUUCAUUUGUGGAUUGAGGCGAAACGUAGUGGAUAUUCAAUAGCAGAAGUGCUAAGCGGUUGUCAAAAUGUUGAAGUUGAAAUUAUUACUCCAUUAAAUUCGUUUGACAAAAAUGGUGUAUACGUAUCUGAUACUGUUCUCGACAAUUAUAUUAAAGAAAAUGAACA